UGUGAUGAUGAUUGUAAUGAUGAUUGUGGUGAUGAUGAUCAUAAUGAUUGUAAUGAUGAUUGUGGUGAUGAUGAUCAUAAUGAUGAUUGUGGUGAUGAUGAUGAUGAUGAUUGUGAUGAUGAUUGUGGUGAUGAUGAUCAUAAUGAUUGUAAUGAUGAUUGUGGUGAUGAUGAUCAUAAUGAUGAUUGUGAUGAUGAUGAUGAUAAUGAUGAUUGUGAUGAUGAUGAUGAUGAUUGUGAUGAUGAUGAUGAUUGUGAUGAUGAUGAUGAUUGUGGUGAUGAUGAUUGUGAUGAUGAUGAUGAUGAUGAUUGUGAUGAUGAUGAUGAUGAUGAUUGUGGUGAUGAUCAUAAUGAUGAUUGUGAUGAUGAUGAUGAUGAUGAUUGUGAUGACGAGGAUGAUUGUGAUGAUGAUGAUGAUUGUGAUGAUGAUGAGGAUGAUGAUUGUGAUGAUGAGGAUGAUUGUGAUGAUGAUGAUGAUUGUGAUGAUGAUGAGGAUGAUGAUUGUGAUGAUGAGGAUGAUUGUGAUGAUGAUGAUGAUUGUGAUGAUGAUGAGGAUGAUGAUUGUGAUGAUGAGGAUGAUUGUGAUUAUGAGGAGGAGGAUGAUGACUGUGAUGAUGAUGAUGAUGAUGAUUGUGAUGACAAGGAUGAUUGUGAUGAUGAUGAUGAUUGUGAUGAUGAUGAGGAUGAUGAUUGUGAUGAUGAGGAUGAUUGUGAUUAUGAGGAGGAGGAUGAUGACUAUGGUCAAACAGCCUGGGGGAUGGAACAGACCACCCUAGUAACGGCCGAACUCUGGCCUCAAGGUCAUCCUACUUGCCACAAGAGGGCUCUCAAAGAGGAUCAGGUGGUCUUGUGA